UCCGCCCCUCGACAUAGAUCCUCAAGAUUUGCUAGCCCAAACCUCCCGUUCGACGCCUCGUGAGAAAAUUGGUCAUACUACUCGGAAUUCGUGUUCAUUUUAGCAUUAAUAAGUAUCAGUCGCAACACGGUUUGUGUCGUUCGUCCCUUUUGGUUGAAAUUGGACACCGCUGAUGUUUCUGGAUGCGUCCAUGUCCUCCUGUGGGCCGAGCCGCGGAUGAAUACAUCACUGGAAGCGACAAUGUGGAGGCUGUUAAAAUGUCUACUUGGAAAAUGAAGUCGCUAGAAUUUUAAUAAAUUAAACGGACCGGAGUCAUUAUUGAGUUAUGGUUCGUGUCAGAGACGGCUUUUCAGUUUGGUGACGAAGACGCUAACCGAGACGGCGGACUGUUUCAAUCUUGGCUUUCCUCAUCUUCCUCAAGCCCACAGUCCGGAGGAGAACAGAGGGGGAAAGGAUCCAGUCCUUAACUUUGUUUUUUCUUCUCCCUGGUCGUUUAUUUCUCUCUUGGAUGCUACAAAACUGAGUCAAGUGGCUUGCUGAGACUGAAAGGGCAAGCGAACAGCAGCAGAGAAUGACGACGGUGGGGACAGACAAGGAGCUCAGCGACUUGCUGGAUUUCAGCGCGAUGUUCGAACUCCCGGUUUCAAAUGGCAAGAAUAGGCCAACAGUAAGACUGGCCAGCAGUCAGUUUGGGGGUUCAGGUGUUGAUGAGAGGAAUGGGUCCAGUCCAUGGGGGUCAGGAGAGCAGAACAGUCCAUCUUUCAACCAGGGGAGGUGUUUUGGCGAAGAAGGCAUUUACAGUGAGCAAGCUGGCAUUUUACCUGGCACAGUGUUUGGCACAGGAAUUGCUGGGAAGACUGAGAGAGGCCCUUACUCAUCAUUUGCAUCACAGCCGGGCUUUCUGCCCAGUGAAAUAGCCAUGCCCAGUCCCGAUUCCCUGUCUCCCUCUGGCUUGAAGCCCAGCUCCCAGUUUUAUUCUUCCUAUGAGGGCAACAAUCCUCGCAGACGGCCUGCACAAGACCCCAUUGAAACCCAGCCAAAAAAGAUCCGGAAGGUGCCCCAUGGCCUGCCCUCCUCGGUAUGUGCCUCUGGUGAGGAUUUUAACAGGGACAAUGCUGGCUACUCAGCUUCCAAAGCAGGAAGUAUCUACACUCCUCCAUUCUACAUGCAAGAAGGCCUCCACCCGCCUUCCGAUUCAUGGGGUUCUACUGGGUCGAUGGUUCAACCUGGUUAUCCUUCCAUGCUGGGUAACUCCACCCAUCUGAGCCAGCAUGGUCCCUUCACUGCCAUCAACCCCCAAGACAGACUGAAACGGCAACCACUGCCCCUAUCACCCCAAAACUACCCCCUCCAUGGUAGUGAGGUGAAUGGGACCCACCCUGCUGGCUUCCACUCCGGCUCGAACAGCUACGGAGUCCCGAGUCACACACCACCUAUUCCUGCCAAUCGGGGAGCAGUACCUGGAAGUUCUGGUGAUGAGAUUGGGAAAGCACUGGCUUCUAUUUAUCCUUCAGACCCAAACAGUAACGGCUAUUCAUCAUCCCCAUCCACCCCUUCUGGCUCUCCUCAGGCCACCUCAGGAUCUGCCUCCCAGUGGACAAGGUCAUCUGGACAGGCCACACCUUCACCUAACUUUCAUGGUGGAAUUCAGGGGAUGUCAAGUAAACUGGAGGACCGCCUAGAUGAAGCUAUUCAUGUUCUUCAGCGACAUGCUAGUGGACAAGGAGGACCAGGACUGGCUGAAAUGCAAAGUCUGCUGGCAUCUGGCUUGGGUUUAUCUUCAGCAUUUAGCAGUGCAACACUCAGCCUCACCAACCGCUUGCCAGGAUUGGUCUCUAGUCACCAUGAAGACUCGGCUGGUCUGCCCUCUGGUGGAGGACAUGGCCAUCACAGUUCCUCAUCUGGCCUACAAGGCUCUCAGCCUGAUGGUUUCACAAAUAUGGUGAGCAGCCUUAAUCGUUCCAGUGACAUCAAACGAGAGACCAAGGAGGAGGAUGAAAACUGCUCCGUGACUGAUAAGUCAGAAGACGAGAACAAAGAGUUAAAGGCUCUUCAAACGAGCGUUGUCACAGUGAGCGAUGAGAACCUCACGGCCGAAGAGAAGGAGCAGCGGGAGCGGGAGCGGCGCCUGGCUAACAACGCUAGGGAGCGGGUGCGGGUACGAGACAUAAACGAAGCCUUCAGAGAGCUGGGCAGGAUGUGUCAGGUUCACCUGCAGAGCGACAAGGCCCAGACCAAGCUGGUCAUCUUGCAGCAGGCCGUCCAGGUCAUACUAGGCCUGGAGAAGCAGGUGCGAGAGCGUAAUCUCAACCCAAAGGCCGCCUGCCUCAAGAGAAGAGAGGAGGAGAAAGUGUCAGGCGUGGACCCCCAGAUGCAGAUGGGCGGAGGUCUCGGAGGUGAUGGACACAACCCUAUAAGCCAUAUGUAAUUCCAAGCUCCUGUUUGACCACGUGGCCUUAAUGCACCUCCAUGUGGUUUUUGUAAGGCAAACGCCUCAUCACUGUCAAAAAAGCGGCCACAGCGACUUACAAACAAAACAAGCACAUUUGUAUAAAACGAGAGAAGAGAGAAACAUGUCUUCAUACCCACAUGAUUUUGACUCCAGGACACUGAGGUGGGGUUAUUGUUAUGAUCAUAUUUUUGUUAGACAUUAAAAAAAAACGUUUUAUGUUGGGAGCAAACUUUUUUGGAUCAAAAAAAGAAAAUCUCUUGAGAGCAAAGCCAGGAUUUGUAUUAUUAUAUGUGGCAUUCCCACCGACUAAGGACGUCUAAGAUGCAACUUAUCAAUGUGUCACUGCCAUGCAAGUGGAAUUGAAAGACUGCCAGAGGGAUCCCAACCACCGUCUCCAGAGAUAAGCCUGUCUCCAUAUGCAGGGCUUCCGUAGAAAAAGAGCAUCUAGAUUUUGUUGCACUGCAGCCAUCCUGGUUCACUCACAAGAGGACAUUUUUAGCAGAGUCAAUCUGCAACCGGACUUUUCAUUUCUUAAAUAUCCAUCACACCAGAAUAGUCAUUUUCAAACAAAAAUAUUGUUCAUGUAGAGCAUGUAGAACAUGACAAAUGGUUACCUAGGGACCAUUAUGAGGUUUUAGAAGCCUCAAGCUGUCCUCUGCGAUUGGACCGAUCAGGACACAGAUAAUUUCAACAUUUUGAGGUAGUCAACAACUGCCAGGGUUUUGUAAAGGGAAAAAAUGGAGCAUUGAAAGAGGAUGAUGAGUUGUACCGUGACCUUCUUGACUAUUUUCAUUUACUCAAUUGCCAUUGAUUGACAUGCUAGGUCCAUGGUGAGCAGUUGUUUUUGUUCCUCUGUUUUGAACAAUUACUAAGCCUCUUUGUGAUGAUCUUCCUUUUGUAGAAUUGGUUAAUGUUUGUAAAGAUAGCUGUUCAGAGUUUUUGUUUCUUUUUAAUUUGGAAUGCUCUUUCAUUUUUCGUUUACAUUUUUUUAAUUAAAGAGGUUUUUUUUUUUAGAUUACGGGAACAAAAUGAGUUGUUUUGUGUUGUGCCAGGUGCUUGGAAAUGUUAGAAAUGACAAAUUCUGGCUGUAUUGUCACAUGUUGUGAUGAUUAUAUAUAUUUUUUUUAUUUGGUUCUGUGCAAACCCGACAUUCAUAUAUGGAAUCCUUUGUUUGCAGCAAUUCAAUUGAAAGUGAAACAUGUUCCGACUCAUGUGAGUUCAACUUUUUUGACAUUAAUCAGUUUCAUUAUAAUAAUUCAUCUGAAUGAAUGCAUAAAGGGUGGCCUGUCAUUUUCCUGACUUGGGCUGUUUUGAUGACGGUGACUCACUAGUGCCUGAAUAUUUCUGUUAAAUGCAUAUGACUAUGAAAUUUUGCGUUUAAUACAUGCUUAUGAGACUGAGUCAAAGAACAUCAAGAAUUUAUAGAUGCGACAACAUUGACACUGAAUCCUACUUAACCUUUUUUUAAGGAUUUAUAUUGAAUAUGCGUUUUUCUGAUUUUCCCGGACUGUCGUGUACAUUGAUAUAUGUAUGUACAGCUGAACGAUAUAUCGGCUGAAAAACAAUAUUUGGUUUACUUUUACGUGUCAUUUGCAAAAUAUGCCCUAUGUAAUAGCCCAUAAAUUUAUUUUCAUCUAAGGAGAAUUUGUCUGAUAAUGCAAAAAAAAAAAAAAAAGACGUGUUAUGUAAAGGAUUUUUCUACAGUGUGCAAGUAUGAAAACACAAUAUUGUUUAUUAGGAGACUUUGUCAUCCACAACAAAUGAUUUGCUACAGCUCUUUCUGUCUUCAUAAAUAUUUGAGGGCAAGAUCUAUGUAGGCUUUGUCCUCAAAGUGCCUCCAGUUUCCUAUUUUUAUAUAUAAAGUAGAUAUUGAGAACUGUUGUGUAUAUAACAGUAAUGUAGAAAUAAA